UGAUUAUCCAGAGAUGAUUCAUUAAAGGAAAAAAGAGGUCAAUGAGAAAAAACAAUGGCUGAUACAAGCAGACUUUCUCCGCCUUCCUCACCUACAUCGUCCAUUGGAUCAUCCUUUAGUCAGGAUUAUGAUGGGAACAGAUCACGACUAUCAAGACAAGACUCAAAAAAUGACAGCAGACUCACAGCCACAGCAAAGAGACAAAAAUAUCUUAAACGCUUGUUUAAGUUUCGUCAGAUGGACUUUGAAUAUGCAUUUUGGCAGAUGAUCUACUUGUUUGUAUCACCACAGAAAGUGUAUAGAAAUUUUCAGUACAGAAAACACACAAAAGAUCAGUGGGCAAGGGAUGAUCCAGCAUUUCUGGUGCUGUUGAGCUUUUGGUUGGUUGCAUCAUCUAUAGGAUUUGCCUUGGUCCUGGGACUUACAUUUGUGGGGUUCCUGAAGUUUAUACUGUGGGUUGUGUUUGUGGACUGUGUUGGUGUCGGCCUGCUUAUAGCUACAUUAUUCUGGUUUAUCACCAAUAAGUAUAUGAUCCUUGCCCCACCUCGAGGUCAGGAUGUGGAGUGGGGAUAUGCCUUUGAUGUCCAUCUUAAUGCUUUCUUUCCUCUCCUUAUGAUACUUCACCUGUUUCAACUCAUAUUCCUUGUUCCUCUGAUAUACCAGGACCAUUUCAUAGGAUUAUUAAUUGGGAACACAUUUUGGUUGGUGGCCAUAUUUUAUUAUGUCUACAUCACAUUUUUAGGUUACAGUGCUCUCCCAUUUUUAAGAAACACACGGACACUGUUAUUCCCCUUGACAGGGGUAGUGCUAUUGUACAUUCUCUCGCUUGUGAUUGGCUGGAACUUCAGUCGAGGACUGUGUAACUUCUACCACUAUCGGGUCACGUAAGCUACAUAGUGUCACCUGGCAAUAUGUUGGUCAUGUGGUCUUUACAUUACAACCAGGUAUUGUAUUGGUCAGGUGGGUUUUACAGUACCACCUUGUGCUGUAUUUGUCACACAGACCACACACAGUGCCACCUGGUGGACUAUUGUGUGUACAGCAUUUCAGUGUAAAUCAUAAGAUGGGAUGAUCCUUUGUGUAUUGAUCAUCUUGAGACAUAAUCAGCACAUGUCGAAGCAUCAAAUAUAAUCAAGUUUACCUGUAGUUAUUCUGUCAUUAUGAUAUGGAUCAUGUAGAAGUAUAUUUAUUUUUUUGAGUGGUAUGAGAGCAUGACAAGAUGAAUGCUUUCCAUAUUUUGAAGCUUUCUUUAUUAUAUGAAUGUAUGUAAAUAAUGAAUGAAUGUAAGACAAGGAAAAAUGUUGCUUAAUGUUUCUUUAAGCUUAUAAAUUUUAAAAGAUUGAUUCAUAACAGGAAUUAUAAAAAAAAGUAUGAGAUACUUAUAUAUAUAUCUGGGGAGCUUAGUAAGUAUUUCUCAAAUGUGACAAAUAUGGUUUCAAUGUUUUUAUGUGUAGAUAUAUCAUUUGUAAUACAUCCAACAUACAGAAUUACAUGUCCUGUUUAUAAACAACAACAACUGACCUAGAUUAGGUAAACAUGACUUGAUGAUGGUCAGACACCUUUGUCUUGAGUCAGGUCAGUAUACAAGAUGUUGAAAUGUCUUUGUGUGGUAAAGUUUUUCUGAUGUCUUGACAAGUAUAUUCUGUGUCGUUUUUUCUGGCUGGACAACUGCACUUCUGUGGAAAUAAAACCCAUAACAUUAAUCUGUGUUCUGUGACAAAUUAAAGUCCCACAUAGUUACUGGCACCAUGUUUGAACAUGUGUACAUGUGUAUGUACUUGUUUGUAAAACUAAACUGAAAAGGAAUGUGUUGAAUUUAAGAACAGUGUAGUACAUUGAUUUUUAUAGACAUUUGAUAUAGGUAGUGGCCUGCUUUUUUUAACGUUUUUUUUCUGUAGUUUUCACUUUGUACAUUAUUCAAUUGUAAAACUUAUAAUUUAUAAAAUUUAGGUUUCUAUUCGUAUUUGUUUUUAAUUUAAUUACAAAAAAUCAGGCUUAUAUACUCCAUGUUCGUGGUGUCAAGUUGUACUGUUCUUGUAUUAUAUUGAUAGAAGGCAAACCAAGUGCAAGACAUCAACAGAAUUUAACUGAAGUGAAAAAGAGACCUUUUGAAUGUUGUCGGACACUUAUGAUAUUUGAAUUUAAUUUUCAAUACGAAUAUUUGGUAUGUGUACAUAUGCUAGUAGUUUGUUAAACAAAGUUAAUAAAUUCAUAAUUUACAGUCCAAUUAUGAAAGAAGAUCUAUAUAAAGUUUUACUCAAUAUUUUCAAUAUUCAAUGUCGAUGCUAUUUAAAACAAAAAAACAAGAAGUAAGCGAUUGUGAAUGAAAUUGUGAUUCUAAAAAAGAUGUGGUCAAAAUUGCUUAAUAAGGAAGGCUUAGAAGGAGACAGCAGAUAAAUCAUGUUAUCUCCUGCUUUAUCAACAAAUCCUGCUGUAUAAACCUAGAACCAGUUAAUAUCAUGUUCAGAAUGUAAGAUCUGCAAUCUUUAAAAAAAAGGUAUUUGAACAAGCUUCAAAUUUUAUAUUGCACAAGGACAUAACAUGUGAUUAGAUAAUGAUGACUACUAUUUAACUACUUUGUAAACCACAUCAGGAAACUUUUUUUCCAGUUUUUGAUAAGAUAUCACCUGUCUCCCUGAGCUCUUAUGAAAGCAAAACAUGUCAGGCGAAAAAGGAGUCCAGGCUGUCCCCCUAUCAACCCUAGAGACAAUAUGCUCAGGAACAUCAAACUGACACUAAAACAGGUCUCCAUAAUAAAUGUAGGGGAAUUUCAGUUUCUCUUUUAUUAUAGAUAUAGCAGAACUAAGAAAAGGGCUGAACCUAACUACAGUGUGUAACAGUGAAUACGAGAGAGUAUGCUUUAAUUACAGUGUGAUAAUUUAAUUUCAUGUCAUUGGCGAACUGCUUCGUGUGAUAUGGUGUGUAUAAAGAGAACAGGUUUCUAUUAGUGUUUUAUAGUGAUACGUGGUGUUUUCAAGCGAGAAAGAGGCUCCCCUGAUUUGUAAAACUGAACAGUAAGGUCGGGAAAUUGUUCUGUUUAGGAUAAUCAUGUAUGAGAUAAACUAUGAACCAAGAUAUACUAACUCGUUUUUAGUUAUAUCUGUAUGAAAUAUUUUAGUUAUGUCAGAUUGUACAUAUGUGUACUAAAUGUGACUUUGUAUACAUCUAUAUUGCUUUCUCAGUUAAUAGUUUGAAAAUGUAAAUGAUCAAUAAUGUAAAGAGGGUCAA